AAAAAAAAAAAAAAAAAAUAAAAAAAAGUGAUUUUUUUUUUUUGUUGUAUUAUUAUAUAUGCAAGAAGGAACGAAAUACACCUUAAACAUAGAUGAUUACGAAGGUUACUUAUUUAUUUUUUAUUUUUUAUUUUUUUUCCCCUUUUAUUUUAUUUCCUUUUUUUUUAUAAGAACUUUUUUUUUCAUAUAUAGUUUCUAUAAUUUUAAGAGUUUUUUUCUUUUAUUAUUAUUAUUAUUAUUAUUAUUAGCGGUUUUUUUUUUAUUAUUAUUUUCUUUCUUCAAUUCUAUUCUUUUUCCUUUUUCUUCUUUUUUAAUUUGUGUAAAUAUUAUAUAUAUAUAUUAAAAAAAAUUAUUAUUAUUAUUAUUAAUAAAUAAAAAACAAAAAAAAAAUCAUCAUUUC